AUGCCUAUGGCUCGAGAGUUGUUCGGAAUUCUGGGUAAUUCGAUUGCUAUCAAACACCGAGCCAAGUCUGUUCCAUUUCCAAUCCGAAGAUUCUCGCUUUGGUCAACGAAGAAAGACCCAGAUCUCGAAUCAGCCCUCUCGCGUAACAAGAGAUGGAUAAUCAACAGCCGGCUCAAGAACAUAAUCUUAAGGUGUCCCAAUCAGGUCGCACCGAUCAAGUUUCUGCAGAAGAAGUUCAAAAGCCUCGAUCUUCAGGGGAAGGCGUUGAAUUGGGUUAACAAGUACCCUUGUUGUUUCCACGUUUAUCUCGAGGACGAUGAGUACUACUGUCGUCUGACGAAACCCAUGAUGAUGCUUGUAGAAGAAGAAGAGCUUGUCAAAGACGCACAAGAGCCUGUGUUAGCAGAUAGGCUUGCCAAGCUGCUUAUGAUGAGUGUUAACCAGCGUCUCAACGUCGUCAAGCUUAACGAGCUUAAACGGAGCUUUGGGUUCACCGAUGAUUACGUCAUCAGGAUACUGCCAAAGUACUCUGAAUUGUUUCGGUUAGUGAGUUACAGUGGGAGGAAGAGUUCGAUGGAGAUCGAGCUCUUGUCUUGGAAGCCUGAAUUGGCCGUCUCUGCGGUGGAAGCAGCAGCGGUUGAGUCUGGCUCUGAGCCUAGCUUCUCUUGCUCUCUGCCCACCACGUGGACUAACCCGUGGGAGAGGUUCUUGGAGUUUAACGCUUCUCCUUACGUAUCUCCGUAUCAGGAUCUUGGGGAUCUUGGGGAGGGUGAGAAGGAGAGUGAGAAGAGAAGCGUUGGUGUGGUGCACGAGCUGCUCUCGCUGACGCUGUGGAAGAAGCUGUCGAUGGUGAAGCUGAGUCAUUUCAAGAAGGAGUUUGGUUUGCCGGAGAAGCUAAACGGUAUGCUUCUGAAACAUCCUGGGAUCUUCUAUGUCUCGAACAAGUAUCAGGUUCACACUGUGCUUCUCAGGGAAGGGUACAGUGGCUCGGAGUUGGUUCACAAGGACCCGCUCGUUCUUGUCAAGGAUAAGUUUGGGGAGCUGAUGCAGCAGGGCUUGUAUGAGUAUAACCGCAGGCGGUAUUUGGCUAAUCUGGAGAAGAAGAGAGAGAGAGGUGUUGUGUCUGUGGUGCGAAAGAAAGACAGGAUUGAUGAUGGAGACGAUGUUGAUGAGCAAGAGAACCAUGGUGGUAUGUUUGAUCCAGAAGAGAGGAAAAGGUUCUAUCAGAUUCUAUUCAGUGACUCCUGA